GCAAGAGGUGAGAGGUCAGCAGGAGCCGGAGGGGGCCGUGGGAGACUCCAGCCGCGGUGGUCCGCUCACCGUCGCUUCAGCUCUGAACAGCGUUUUAAGUAUUAGAAAACUUAAUACGCGUUUUUGAAAAGCUGGUGGUUUUGCUUGCAAUAGACCUGCUCCAGUAGGAAUGCAGCCCGUCAGGGCCAAGGAUGGUAAUGGAUGAGGACAGCUUGAUGAUCCCCAUCCAUAAAGAUGCCUAUGAAGCUCUUAAGAAAAGAGAGGUCUGUCUAAGUAAACUCAUUUACAAAAAGUUUGCUUGUACAUUGACCCUCGAAAGUACAAAAUGCACUGAUGAAGUAUACAGGAAAACAAUAAAGGGAAUUGACAUUUGUGUUUGUAAGGAUGAUCUCACAAGACACAAGGUUGAUGCUUUGGUGAAUGCAGCCAAUGAAUAUCUAGAUCACGGAGGAGGCCUUGCUUUAGCCCUUGUGAAUGCUGGAGGGCAGGAAAUACAAGAGCAAAGCAACCUUCAUAUUCAAAAAUAUGGAAAACUCACAGCUGGCAAAAUAGCAGUGACAGAUGGAGGGAAGCUUCCUUGUAAGAAAAUUAUUCAUGCCGUUGGUCCAAAGUGGGCCAUGCAUGAAAAGGAAAAAUGUUGUGACCUACUUCAGAAAGCUAUUGUGAAUGUUCUGAACUAUGUUAGUGCUCCAGAAAAUACUAUAAAGUCUGUGGCUAUCCCAGCAGUGAGUUCAGGCAUUUUUGGCUUCCCAAUCAGUUUGUGUGCUCAAGUGAUUGUAAUGGCUAUAAAGGAAUUUGUUGAGGCAAGGCCACCAAGCUGUCUCAGGGAAAUCCGCCUGGUGAACAUUAAUGAGCCUACAGUUGCAGAGAUGAAGGCAGCCUGUGAAAAGUUUCUGGGUGAUAUCAGUUCACCUCAGGAAGCCCUUCCAGCUUCACAAAGCCAGACUUCAGCUUUCAUCAAACAUGGAGGCAUUCGCUUGCGCAUCGUAAAAGGACUAACUGAAGAGCAGAAGACUACAGCUAUUGUUAAUUCUGUGCCUGUGAAUUGCGAGCUUUCCUCUCCAGUGUCAGAAGGACUGCUGCAAAGAGCGGGUUCAGCUCUUCAGGAAGAAUUUGAGUCUCAACGUAGAUAUGCUUCAUCGUAUAAGCCACUCAUAGUGACAAAAGGGCAUAAUCUACCCUGUGAACACGUGCUGCACGUCAUAUGGCCACACUACCACCACAGCGUGUUACAGUGUGAGGAAUUGAAAGAUGCAGUGACAAGAUGCUUGUGCUACAUUCAGGACAAGCAGCCUGCCUCCAUUUCUUUUCCAGGAAAUGGGAUUUGGUCAUUAGUGCUGCCUGUUGAUAUAGUGGCAGAGAUCAUGAUUGAAGAAGUUUUAUAUUUCGCCAGGACACACCCUGAGAAGAACAUAGAUGUGCAGUUUGUCUUUUCCUGGGAUGACUACAAUGCCUAUAAGGUUUUCCAGAGAAAAUUUUAUUCGGUAGAACAUAAACUGGGAAAAAAGCAUUACAACAGAAGUGAUUAUUUGGGAAUAGAGUCAGGCAGUCAAAGCGUAAAAGAGACUGCAAAUAAUGAACCGGCUAUUGAACUUAAAGGGAACAUACGUACAGCGUUGGAAGCAGCAGAAUUGUGGAUCCAAAGCUUGGUACAAAUUCACAAAAGUCACUGUGCUGUUAUUGAAAACAACUACAUUUUUAGCCUCGGUAAAAAUGAGUUUGACGAACUAUCUCAGGAGCUGCAUUCUAGUCUAUGUGUAUCAGAAGAAGUGCACAGGGGAAAAGCAAAGCUGGAAUUUAAGGGUCCCCCGGAUGCUGUGAUUGAUGCAGUGCUCACAACUGAAAAAUUACUGCUUCGUAUGCAAGAGCAGGCUACAGCCAAACAAGAGAAACUGCUGCACUUAAUGGGCCAACCAGAAGCAGGUCAGCUUUCGGAAGAACACCUUCACAGGGCAAAUACUACUAAAUACAUCCAGAUUUCACUGGUGGAAUCACACCUGCAGGAGUUUAAAGACAGAGAGAAGCAGUUUGAAAAGGCUGGGCUUCGUGUUCUCAAGAUUGAAAAGAUACACAAUCCUCUUUUAUCCGCUGCAUUCCAACAAAUGAAAAAAGAAAUGGAAGAAAAACAAAGUACCUCCAAAAUAACCCACAAGCUCUAUCAGCGUGUUCCUGCUCAGUUCUGUAACUCCGUGUGCCAAACUGGAUUUCACAGGAUGUAUUCUCCGCCAGAAGAACAAAAAUACGGAGCUGGCAUCUACUUUAAAAGGAACCCGAAAAGCCUAAUUGAGCUUAAAGAUCUACAGGAAACAGACUCUAAAAUGUACGUGUUUGAGGCUGAUGUAUUAACAGGCUUAUACACUAAAGGCAAGCCGUCUUAUAUUGGGCCACUGGCAGUGGAUGGAGAGGCCAUUAAGGUAUAUGACAGCUUAGUAGAUGAUGUAAACAAUCCUGACACCUUUGUCAUUUGCAACAGUGUUGGGGCCCUUCCACAGUAUUUGUUGACUUGUUCUCCAGUGAGGGAGAGGAUUUCAGCCAUCUGAGGAAACCGGGAACAUCCUGAGUAAGAGUUAAUUAGAACUGUAGCUGUUGUGAAGACCCCCUGAGAAAAAAGUCUAGUACUUAGAUUUUAAGAGGAUGCUUCAACUAGUAACAUGCUGUGAUCAAAGUGCCUCAUGCAAAGCACUCUGAAACAUCCAUGAACAAAAAAAGUCAGUCAAUACCUUAGGGAGAUCAGAAUAAAAUUACCUGUGAAUAGAAACGGAAGGGAAAGCAUCACAAAAUACUGUUUAACGUUUAUCUGGUCAUUUGCUUUAUGCCUUAAAGUGUUCUGAGCACGUGACUGUACACCUGAUGUUUGCAUAGGUUGUCAUUCUUCCACUACAUUUUCUUGAUCUGAGCUAUUUUAUAUAUAUAUAUAAAGUGAAACCCAAGAGACCUUGGUUGUGCCUUUUGAUUCUUAAAUUUUCUUCUACCUUAAAUAGGUGAAUGUAUCAGGUGAAAGCUGUUUCCCACUUAGGGACAUGCUAUUAAAUACACAGUUAUGACAAAUAAGGGGCACUACUUCAUGACUUCUACCAGUAGUUGCUGUUAGAGUUUUUAUUAGUUAAGAGAUUCUGAGCAUUGUAGGUACAUGUAUUCGAAGUAAAAAGUAUAAAUGACAGUGUCAGCUAACGUGUUACUUUUCCAUAUAGUCUUAGGGACAUGACUUGGUUUGAGCUAUAGAUUUCCCAGUGACGUUCAAUUGCUUUGAAAGGCUACAGAAUUAGGGAACUGGUUCAAGCUACAACUUGAAAUUGCUCUUCAAUUAAUCUACCUUUACCAAUAUCUUUUAAAGACUACAGUGUCAACCUUGUAGCUAAACAUCCCCACUUUGAAACUUCCUGUACUAAAGCCUGAAACUAUGUCUGACAUCAGCAGGGUUUAAAACAAAUCUGUUGCCCCUAACUAAAAGCUACUACCAGAUUUGUCCAAUCUGAAGCACUUAAAACCACCAGUUACGGCUCUAACUAAACACCUGAAUGGCUUAUAACAUUGCUGUCAUAUGGAAAUAAAGGCUCAUCUGUCAAUAUCAUGUCUGCUUCUCAACUGAAAAGACAGUUGUGGUUAAAACUCUCAAUUAUCUGGGGAGAAGGAAGGCUUGCAUAAAAGUAUUAAAAACCAACGACAUUGGCACAUGAAAAGUGUUUCAUCUCCAUGUAAAGCACUGUGCAAGUGGAGAGCAGUCUGAACCCUAAAACAUAAACACUAAUUUCAUUUAAUAAAACCUCUCAAAAUAAUUUGUUAAUGAGUUCCCAUCACAUUUGAACUGUGCCUGCAACUCCCAAGACAGAAGUCAUAGUGCUAGGAAUCACUCAAGUCUAAAAAAAAUUGUUAUAAAAGUCUAAUUCUGAACUCUAAGCAAGGUUGCAAGUGAAAAAAUUUUUUGAACCAUUACAAAACAAGCUUUUAAAUGAAUAUUAUAAUUGGGUUUUCUUUUUUUAUUAUAUUUAAUAUUAGCUAUGUCUACGUUGUUGCAAAAGGGUAGCUUUUGUGGUGUGUGAGCCUGUGCUCUAGUUAAUGUUAAAGGGAAACCCCCCACACCCUGCCCGUGACCUUGUGAGAACCAUCUAACCCAUCCGAGUCUUGUUCUCACAGAGAUCCCAAGGUUGCUUUUAGAUAGUAUGCUGGAAGUUUGAAAAAGAAUUAGUCUAUUUCUAUCUCAGCUUCUCCAUGUAAGCAACACAUUCUUCUCCUCUAUUUGUCUCAUUUUUUCUCAUGUUUCUUGAUUCACUUGCUACUGCCAAGAAAACACACAGCUGUGGAGUUAAGGUUCAUUAGGCAGCACUGAAUAACCUUAUUUCUGCUUGCUUCAGGAAGUAUCAUUUUUAAAGGAGUUUCCUUGGAGGAUUUUUUAUUUCUGUUUUCUUUUUUGAAAAAACUCAGCCCAGAGUUUCUGAACUACUGCAACAAUUUCUAUGAAGCAUCAGUUUUUAGAAAACCUGAACAUUUUUUUUGUUGGCACAGUGUAACUAACAUCUCUCCUACUCGGAAUAAAGAAUGGUUUUCAUA